GGAAGCCCCUAGUCUGAGCCUGCCAACGCCCGGCGCAGCGACACAAACAGGAUACGAUCUUGAAUGAAUAGUGAGGACUCUAAAACAUAGCUAUGCAGACCAUCAAGUGUGUUGUAGUUGGGGACGGAGCAGUGGGUAAAACCUGUCUUCUCAUCUCUUACACCACAAACAAGUUCCCCUCCGAAUAUGUACCUACGGUUUUUGAUAAUUAUGCUGUAACUGUAAUGAUCGGAGGCGAGCCCUACACUCUGGGCUUGUUUGAUACUGCAGGUCAGGAGGACUACGACAGGUUACGACCCCUGAGUUAUCCACAGACAGAUGUCUUCCUCGUCUGUUUCUCUGUUGUAUCCCCUUCUUCUUUUGAAAAUGUUAAAGAAAAGUGGGUACCAGAGAUCACCCACCACUGUCCAAAGACACCGUUCCUGUUGGUUGGAACCCAGAUUGACCUGCGGGAUGAUCCCUCCACUAUAGAGAAGCUGGCCAAGAAUAAGCAGAAGCCCAUCACUCCUGAGACAGCUGAGAAACUGGCCAGGGACCUUAAGGCUGUCAAAUAUGUUGAGUGCUCAGCCCUCACACAGAAAGGCCUAAAGAAUGUGUUUGAUGAGGCGAUUUUGGCUGCAUUGGAGCCCCCAGAGCCCAAGAAGAAACGCAAAUGUGUGCUGCUAUGAGGGCCCCUACCCUUAAAACACACACACACACACUCACACACAUACAUACACACAUAUACUUUAACUACAUACACACGCCUCCCCUCACCCCCAUCCACUCCUUUACCUUGCUCUGCUAAGGCUGGUUGACAGUUUUGUCCUCUAUAGCGAAGACUAGACAGAAAACAGCCAACCAAGUUUCACAUAACCCUCUGCAAUAAUGCAAAGCUUCAUCCCCGAGUCUGUCGCAGACAGAAGAAAAACUGAAUCCCACCAACAGGCUGCUGUUGGCUCUGGACAGGAUGGCACAGCCUUGGAAGGGGACCAGUGUAACUGUAGUACAAGUAGAAAUCAAUUUGUGAGCUUUGAUAGACUGGUUGAAGUAAGGCCACAUAGUCUUGUGGCUUAUUCACUUUUAAAUGCCCAGAUAAUUAGUUGUCAUUGGCCAAUUAAAAGCUGUGAUAGACAUAAGCCCAAACAUGGUCCUUUUCAGCUGCCUGAUUGGCAGUUGCACAUGCUGCUGGUCCUUCCCCAUCUGGUGACGAGCCUGUUCAUCGCCUAGUUCUCCUUACUCUUCGUCAGCACUCCCUGAAGGAGUGCUAUCAGAGAGGAGUGUUUUUCAAUUUUGUUUGCCAACACCCCUUUGCUCCACAAGCACAGCAGGUCUGAAACAUUUAUUCCAUAUUCCAGAUAGAUUCUCUCUGGCCCACUUAAGGAACUAUAGAUCUGAAAGUUUAAGACAAUUCAGGGCUCUUUGGCUGAUGCCCUGCAUGGUCCUAUCGUAGCUUUAAUGCAACUGCGUAACAUUGCUCUUUACCAUCCAAUUCUGUCAGAUCUCCAUGUUCAGGGUGCAGCCUAGCCUUCCAUUUGGAAUGUUUUAUUCACUGAAGUUAGAAAAGGCAUCCAAUAGCAACGGGUUAGUGAGUUGACCACAGGAAUUGGCCUUUUAUAGCAAGGAACUUAAACAGUGUUAGCAGAACAAGUGGCGUAUUCUUCAUGCGAUGCCAGGGACCAAGGGAGAGUAAGCAGGAUACCAUUAUAACACUGCUGUGAUCUUACAGUUAGAAUGAGUACAACGGCGACAUCCAUCUAUUAAGAUGUUUCUCGGCAUUAACUGGCAGCCAUAUUUUAGUACUAUUUUAGAAACGAGUCAUAUGUUUUACACCAGAAUUCUGUGCUACAUCAGAAUUCUGUGCCUUGCAUAGUGUCCAGGAUGUACAUUUGUGGUGUCAAGGGCUGUCUGUUGUACCAUUCCAACUGUAUGGUGCUGCAUGUAGCUGAGCCUUGGUCUCUGUUCUUAUAAUAGGUUUAACAGAUGUAAUAAUAAUGUAAGCUGGCACACAAUGUUGAUGUAGGCUCCAGAUGUUUUUACCAAAAUCAUUUUUUUCUGUUAUGCUGGUUUUUUUUUCUUUUGUUUGUUUGAUUUUUUUUUCUUCUGUAUAUUAAAAAGGUUACUUUUCACUCCUUUUACAUUUAGGGGCUGGAAUUCAUCUGAACUCUUGCCUGCCAGUUAGAAAACCAUUUUAAGAAAACCUAAUCGGUCGAGUGAGUUAAAAAUCGGCAAAGACACUGUUUGGUAAAGCUUAUUUGGGAUAAGUUUUUUUUUCUUUACUGGUGGUUCAGAGUUGGGUUGACAUCCAGCUCAAGUCAGUAUAAUUAUUACUAUAACCUGUUGUUUUGGUGCAAAACCAAAAGCUUUUGUCUGAAGUCUUCAUUCUUUGUAUAUGCAUUCUUUUCAAAAAUAUUAAACUUAUACCUUAAUUGCCUUUA